AUGAUAACACAAUUUUGGGCCGACGAGGGCAAUUCAUCGUCACCAUUUCUUGUUCUUUUCAUCUUUCAAUUAUUCAUUCUCGCAGUUGCACUUAUUCUUCUCGCCACUGGACAUGAUGCUUGGUUUUCGUUUGUGUUUGCUCAACUUGUCCUCUUUAUGGGAAUUGCCGAACUCACGACGAGUGCGUUCGUUGCUUUACGGGACACACGUUUCGAGAGAUGCCGCGAAUUUGGAUGUACGAUUGUAAAAGGAUCAACUUUUUUGCGAAGUCGUUUCAUCUCGGCAUCAGCGUUGUGUGGUAUUUUCCAUACCGCAAUUGGUUUCAUUUAUUUAAUUUUGGGUCCACAUUGUCACGACACUCCAGAACCAACAAUCAUUAUAUCGAGAGAUCUGAUCACUCGACUCAGAAAUAAAAUCAGUAGCGUGAGUCGAAGUGGAAGCACACUUCACGAAAUGUCGAGAUCGCCUGAACUGAAUGAGCUAGCAGAUAAUCAAACUCUUUCUCAACGUUGUGCAACUACCUUAAGUAGUGCCACUCUUAGGGUACCGUCUGAGUCGAACGAUCAUUCCAAACUACCUUAUGUCUUGCGAGUGCUCGAGCGUGCAAAAGAGAUCGACUCUAAAAAUCGAUUACAUGAACCAUUGUAUAAUCAUGCAGUAUUAACUUCUACCACGCAAGUAUUUUUUGCCGUUCUCGCAGAUUCAUCGGUUUCUUUGUCUGCUGAUCGUUUGAGUGCAACACUGAACGAGUGUCUUAGAAGAGAUGAAGGUGUAGCGCUUGCAGAAGCAGCGCAUGAAAAUUGGGGUCAUGCAAGGCGAACUUAUACUUGGAAUUUUGUUUGGUUGGAGAAGUUUGAGGGUUCACCCGAGCUUUCUGAGUCCGCUGAAAUGCGAGGUCUUUUCGGGUGUCAAGAGCCUCAUAUGGUCUCGCCUUUUACGGUUUCGCCGAUCGUCUCUUGCGGGUUUCCCAUUGAUAUCUUUAAUCAACGCAACUACUCUCUCUCAUGA